GUGCUCCGCGCGGUCGCCGUCGAGGGCUACGGCGUCGUCUACGUCUCCGCGUCGCGCGAGCGCGUGGUGUUCGCGUCGCGACCGCCCGAUUCGACGAUGUGUCCCGCGUGCAAAGACGUGCUGCGAAAACCGCGUCGCGCGCCGUGCGGACACGCGCUGUGCGCGCUGUGCGCGCGCGAAUCGAUCGCACAGAGCGGUACGUGCGCGGUGUGCAGACGCGCGGCGACGGAGGAGGAUUACGUCGCGGACGAGGCGCUGAUGCUUGAAAUCUCCAACCUGCGCGCGCACUGCCCGUACGCGUGGCGACGGGACGACGCGAGCGCGGACGGGAGCGCGACGCUCGAUCAUCGAGGAUUCGGCGAUCGAUGCUGCGGGGCGAUCGUGCGGUUCGCAGAUCUGGCGCGACACGCGGAGGAGUGCGAUUUUAAGAUUGUGAUUUGCGGACUCGCGGAGCGGGACGCGGGAAGGCGGUUGACGGGGACGUGCGCGGCGGAGUGCGCGAGGAGGGCGCUGGAGGGACAUCGGGAGGAGUGCGCGUACGCCGCGAGGGGGUGCGCGAACGCGGGGUGUGAUUGGGUGGGGAGCGCGAUGUACGCGAGGGAUCACGCGGACGUGUGCGAGCAUAAACCGGUGGCGUGUAGGCACGGGUGCCGGGCGACGAUGACGAACGCCGACGCGGUGGCGCGGCACGAAGAGAUUUGUCCGGUGAAGGAAGUUUUGUGCGGCGUCGUCGAUGAGGCGGAUGCGGAUGAACACACGCGAUGCUGUCCGGCGAUGAUGAAACGAAACGCGCUGGCGAGACAUAGACAGGAGAUGUGCGAGUACGCGCGAACGGUGGCGUGCUCGGAUUGUCAAACGCUCGUGAGCGAGCGAAGCGCGCUUCGUCACAAGCAGGUGUGCGUGAAGAUUCGUCGCGCGUGCACCGCGGGAUGCGGCGCGCUGGUAUCUGCGGCGGACAUGAAGCAACAUUUGGAGUUGACGUGCCCAUCGGUGGAGUUGCUGUGCGAAUUUCACGAGGUUGGUUGCGUUUUUCGAUGCUCGAGAGACGACAUGGCGCGGCACUACGAAACUUCUACGGCGGCGCACGUCAAGCUCCUCCUCCGCGCUAGCGCGGAAAUUCGUGAGGUGUCCGAAACAAUGGCCAAAGAUGUGGAAAAAGUCGUGCGGGACGAAGAAGGUUUGAACGAAAGCGAUCGCGUCGAACGAGACGCCGUGCUCAGAGCGCUGCGAGCAGAGGAGGAGCGCAUGCUUCAGGACAUGAAAACGUUGCGCGAGAACGAAGCGGACGCGCGAAAACGAGGCGAGUUAUACGCGCAGGCUUUGGAAAAGGCGCUCGAGGAUCAAGCAGAGACGUACGACGCCGCCAUUGCGGAAGUUCGCGAAGAAAUCCUCGCCGUUCGCGGCGAAUUCGAGACAUACAAGUCGCAAGCAUCGUUUGAGUUGAAUGAGCUUCGUCAGGCGAUGUCAUCGGCGCAAAUCGCGCUGAGCGAAGUAUCUGCGCGCGCAGCGACGAUCACGCGCGAUGGUGGUAUUCUCGACGAGCACAAACUCGCGAUCGAAGAGGAAAUCAAGCACGAUCGCGAGCACGCGCUCGGCGAGCUCGAAAAGGCGACGCGGCAAAUCAGGUUUGAAAUCGAAGACGCGAGCGCUGAGCACGCGCGAAAAAUCUUGAGCCUUCGCGACGACAUACGAAUGGUGUUGAACAGUAGAAUUAGAUGA